UUGAGCGGGCAGCGGCAUUACGACUGGGGGCUGCGCGCGCUGAAGGCAGCCGUGGGCAGCUGCAGCGUGCUGCGCGCCGGCGCCGAGCCGCAGCUGCGUGCUGCGCUGCGCCGCCUGCUGCGCCUCAACAACACCUCCAAGCUCACCCGCCACGACGAGCACACGUUUGAGAACAUUUUGUCGUUGGUGUUCACCGGGGUGCCGGAGGAGGAGUCAACAAUCGAUCCUAUUUACACUGCUCUGGAAUCCUCUGUUCAGGAACUCGGAUUGUUUUAUAACAGAGAUCAGGUACAGAAAUGUAUGCAACUAUAUGAGCAGAUGCGACAAAGGAUGGGUGUUGCCAUAGUUGGCCCUCCCGGCUCCGGAAAAUCUACUAUUAGGCGUUUGCUUAAAACUGCGCUCACGCAGCAAGGAAGGAACGUGGUGGAGUAUGUGAUAUACCCAAAAGCGAUGAGCCGCGACUGUCUGCUGGGACACAUCGACCACGACACGAGACAGUGGAGCGACGGAGUUAUAUCUACCGUCGCUCUUGAGGUCUCCAAUCAACCCGCUGAGGUGUGGUCGUGGGUUGUCUGCGACGGGGACAUCGAGCCGGAGUGGGUGGAAGCCUUGAACUCAGUGCUGGACGACAACCGGCUGCUGACGCUGCCGUCGGGCGGCCGCGUGCACUUCGGCGCUCACGUCAACUUCCUCUUCGAAACUCACAGCCUGGAGCACGCCUCGCCCGCUACUGUGUCUCGCUUAGGAAUCAUACUGCUGAGCGAUGAGCACAGCUGCGCUGAAGAGUUCUUAGAGGCUUGGAUACGUAAAGCUGAAUUCGAAAGCGAAUUAGCCAAGAUGUCACUGCCAAUACUACAUCAAGCAAUUAAAAAGUGUAUAGACUGGUUUUCGAACCAUAAGUCUGACGUCUUACUGAAAUUGUACAACAUUACAAUGGUGAAACAAAUAUUAACUCAGUUCGAAUACAUAAUCGAUAGCUCUGGAACGAGCACAACACACAUGCCACCGGAGGAAGUAGUUUACGUAGCCGUACAGCGGAGCGUGUUGAGCGUGAUAAAAGAGAGCGCUCUUGAUAGUUUUCACGCUGAAAUGUGGAGCGUGCUGGGUGCAGGGGGCGGCGAGCUGAGUGACGGGCAGGCGGGCGGCGCGUGGGCGUCGGACGCCCUGUACGUGUCGCGGCGCCUGGCGCGCUGCGAGCCCGCGCUGCGCGCGUGCGCGCUUACACCUCACGCGCACGCACUCAUCGUCGGCCCGCACGCUUGCGCUAAAAAGUAA